AUGGACAACCAGACAAAACUGACUCAUGUUUUUCACACUAAAAGAAAUUUGCCAUGUUUCAAUUGUAUUUUUAUUUUGAUUCGCACAUGUAUAUCAGGACAACCAAAUGAACACGAUAAUGAACCCGAACCUAUGCUUCUGGCGGCUUUGUUUGCCAUUAUCAUCCUUCUGUUGAUUCUCAUCAUCCUUUUCAUCAGAAGAUGCAUGAAGUGUCGACAGAAGAGCGCCUCAGUUGUUAGGUAUGUUAAUCCUGUUUUAACUGUUUCUGAGACCCAGGCACCAUUGAUAGAUGAUCGUGUCACCAUUGUGCUCGAAGAAAUCGAUCAUAGCGUCGCACCUCAGCAAGACGAAACACCGGAAGUCGUGGUGGAAUACUGCAAUCUUAAGUCGUACAGAGUAUCACUCGAUCAGUUCAUUAGGGAGGUAGAUGAAAAGCGAGACAACGAUGCAUUCCGUGAAGAAUUUAAAGAAAUUCCAAAUGGCUUGUUAGAACUUCACUCAGCUGCCUUGAAAAAAGAAAACAAAUCCAGAAAUAGAUACAAAAAAGUUUACCCAUAUGACUAUUGCCGUGUUAUUCUGGAAACAAACGACAGUACAGGAAGUACUGACUAUGUGAAUGCCUGUUUCGUACAUGGCUUUAACCACGAUAAAGAAUACAUUGCUGCUCAAGGUCCAUUUACCAAUGAAACUCUGUUGGAUUUUUGGCGAAUGAUUUGGCAGAACAGAUGUACCCGUAUCGUAAUGUUGACAAAUCUGUUUGAAGGAGACCGGGUUCGUUAUAAAUUAUUUAAAUUACAAUUAUACACAUUAUAG